AUGACAUCAUGGAACGAUAGCUUGGAGGGGUUGGGUGCUUGUGCAAUAUCCAGUUUAUUAUUUGGAUCGAUGUUCGUCCCUCUCAAAAAGCAGAACCCAGGCGAUGGUAUAUUCGUGCAGUGGGUAAUGGGUGCGUCCAUAUUUUGUGUUGGAAUGAUAGUGAACGCGUCUGUUGGAUUUCCAACGUUUCACCCGUUAGCCAUGCUGGGUGGUGCUCUUUGGGCGAUAGGCAAUGUGACCGCAGUGCCAAUAAUAUCGAUGAUUGGAAUGGGAAUGGGAUUGUUGAUAUGGGGCACGAUGAACUGCGUUUGUGGAUGGUUGGUGGGGCGAUUCGGUUUCUUCGGAAUCGAGGCAAAUAUUCCGAAUAAUGUGACACUGAAUUAUAUCGGGCUGAUUCUCGUUCUAAUUGGAGGGAUAUUAUUCUCACGGGUACAUCCCAAUUCAAGCAGAACAACGGUUGCACUUGAACCGCAAUAUUCAAACUCAUCGUCUUUACGCGAUGACGAUGAAAUGAGGGUGCAUUUAAUACGUGAUCGAGAUAGCGAUCAUCAAACUGAUGAAAAUAAUCCACUCUUACGAACCUAUCAGUCACUUGAUAAGAGAUUACUUGGCAUUGCUUUAUCGUUACUCGCUGGAGUUUUUUAUGGAGUUAACUUCGUUCCAGUUAUUUACAUUCAGCAACAUCCUGAUAAGUUCAAAGAUGUCUCAAACAAUGGCCUGUCAUACGUAUUUGCUCAUUAUUGCGGUAUAUUCAUCACAACAACCGUAUUCCUACUCAUUUAUAUCGUUUGUAAACGUAAUCGACCAUACAUCAACAACCAAACUUUGUUGCCUGCGUUCAUCACUGGCUCCAUGUGGGCGAUUGCACAAGCCGCAUGGUUUGUCGCAAAUGAUCGCAUUUCACAGGCGAUAUCGUUCCCAAUCAACGCAAUGAUGCCUGGUGUAUGCGCUGCACUUUGGAGUGUAUUUUAUUUUCGUGAAAUUCAAGGAUCGCGCAAUUUUCGUUUAUUAUUUAGUGCUAUUUCAGUAACUGUUUUAGGGGCAGUCCUUGUUGCCCUAUCAAAAAGUAUUUGA